GAUUAACCAGGAGAAUAUAAGAGGUCCACAGGUCACGGCUGUUAGUCCUAUCAAACGUCCAGCACGACAGACCGCGACAGACUGCAACGGCUCAGACAGAAAUAAGCACAAUGGCAGACUCUGGGGUCGCAGCUCCCGCGGAUAAGAAGGCACCCCCCAAAUUCAAGCAGAGGGCCAUGCGUACGUUCAAGAGCAAGGCCCCCAAACCAGGCCAGAAGGGAUUCGGAGACGACAUCCCCGGCAUGGAGGGCCUGGGCACUGACAUCACCGUGGUCUGCCCCUGGGAGGCGUUCGGAGACAUGGAGCUGAGCGACCUGGCCAAAUAUGGAAUCGUCUAGAACCUCUGCCCCUCUGCCCCGUCCCGCUGUUCCGCCCCUGUCUCCCCCCAGAUGCCUUACCUAACCUCACCCCAAACUGAACAAAUUCGGAUUAUCGCACAAAUUUAAAGGAU